AAAACAUUUCCUCAUCCAUUGUGUGAACGAAGCACCCAAUACAGGAUCUGUCGUACAAACGUCUUUUUCUUCGGCUUUUAAAAAUCACUGGUGAUCUUCAUUCGAUAUGGCUCGUACUAAGCAGACCGCCCGUAAAUCCACUGGAGGAAAAGCUCCACGCAAGCAGCUGGCUACGAAAGCGGCUCGAAAGAGUGCCCCCUCUACUGGUGGGGUGAAGAAACCCCAUCGCUACAGGCCUGGUACCGUGGCCCUGCGUGAGAUCCGUCGGUACCAGAAGUCCACCGAGCUGUUGAUCCGGAAGCUUCCGUUCCAGCGCCUGGUCAGAGAGAUCGCUCAGGACUUCAAAACCGAUCUGCGCUUCCAGAGCGCAGCUAUUGGAGCCCUGCAGGAGGCCAGUGAGGCGUACCUGGUGGGUCUUUUUGAGGACACCAACCUGUGUGCCAUCCAUGCCAAGCGUGUCACCAUCAUGCCCAAAGACAUCCAGCUGGCACGCCGCAUCCGUGGGGAACGCGCAUAGAUGCCCGUCUUUCAUUUUCUCCUCUCCUGUCUGUCUUUUUCUCCUCCCUCCUUUUCUGUGUCGUCUGUUUUUUAGAGUGACAAAAAUCAUGAUAAGAGUAACUUGUGUUAGUGUGUGUGUAUGUGUGUGUGUGUGUGUUUUUUUCUCUGUCUCUCUCUCUCUGUCAGUGUUCUCAGUGAGCAGAUGUUUUAGAACGUGGCUGUAGCCCGCCACGGUUUGUGGUGUAUUCGGAUUGGCUAAUCAUCUGUUCAGGCAGAUGAGCCAGCGAAUGAGGUGGUGGGUUAGAGCCAUGCCUGGUGGGGUUCAGAGGGGGGGGGGGUAUUUAAGGGGAACGGGCAGGGUAAGGCUGUUGAGGAGUCACUGAUGUCCUCGUCAAGGUGCUAAACGUUUCCUCGCCAUCCCACUGCCCCUCGCUGGAGAGGACAGAACAGUCGGCCUCUGUGGACAUGCCUCGUCAACUUUUUAAGUGUUUUUUUUUUUUUAUAUCUAUAUAUUAUUAUUGCUGUUAUUAUAAUUAUGGUGUAUUCUUCUUUUGUAAUAUAUAUUCGCAUUUGGUUCAUGUAUUCAAGGUGAUUUCACAGGAGUUUUUGGUUUUGAUUUACAGGAAUUGGUAAUUCUGUAGGGUUUAUGACUGUUAGUAAUCUGCAAACCAAUAAAGAGAUUUUUUUUUUUUUUUUAAACAGAUUUUUCAUGUUUUGAUGGAUGAGAAAAACUAUGUUUUAUUGGUCAUUAUCAAUGGGAAUAAAUGUCUAAUUCAUAGACACAUGUAGCAAAAAUACAUUCAUACCAUUUAUUAUUCUAUAACAUAUUCCAUAUUUCUUUUACCUGGUGACAUUUUAAAGAUCUGUCACUCACUCAGGUUUUUUCUAUUCUCUUUCAUGGUUUUGUAUCACUCGGGUUUUUAACGUCCAGAUAUCAAGAGAGCACAUAUUUGUAAAACCAAAAUUUCUCAUUGUAAGUAAUGAGACAAUAAAUCCAUGUUAUGAACAAG